GGUCCGGUUACUAGCUCCUUUUUGCCCCGAGGGCAGGCGGGCGGUGGCCAGGGAAGGAGGAGGAGGAGGUUACUGCCCGGAUCCCAGCAGGAUCCUGAAUUUGGAAAAGCUGGUGUUGGGACUCUCUGAAGUGCUCUUCUGUCCGCCUAGCCGACUCUGUCCUGUCGCUUGUGCGUCUGUGGAUCUUGCACUUCAGGGCCAGUUCAACCCUAGAAGCAGGAAGAAGGGGAAAAUUGCUCAGAAAAACUUUGCAGGACGCAGUGGAUUUCCAGGCAAGGGAGAGAAGGAAGAAACUGCCUGGACCUGCACCGGUGUAUGUCAGGAUGCUGCUACCCCAGGACAUCUGAAGGGGUAGGGGAGCUUCUGUUGUAUCAGCAGCUACAACAAGGCCUGCCACCUGUGGCUGAAGACUGUCCCCAACAUAGGAGCAGUCCUCUGGGCCAGAGCAAUCCUGCUCCACCCUGUUAAGAAUUUGGCUCAGACAUUCACCCCGGCAUGGGCCGUACUCGGGAAGCUGGCUGCGUGGCCGCUGGUGUGGUGAUUGGGGCUGGAGCCUGCUACUGCGUGUACAGACUGACCUGGGGAAGAGACGAGAGUGAGAAAAUCUGGGAUGGCGAUGAUGAAGAAGACGAGGAGGAGGAGGAAUCUAUUGAUAUUGUAGAGUCUGGGGUCAAGACUGGGAAAGGAGCUAAGGCUAAUGCUGGGAUGGGAACUGGAGCUAGACUUCAGGGUGAAGCAAAGGUCAAGGCUGAGGUGGGCAUGGAACUCCAGAGUGGUUCAGAUAUAAAGGCAGCAGCCCAGGUGGGGGCCCAGAGUGGAGGUGGUCUAGAGGCCAAGGCUAAAGCCCUUUUCAACACUCUGAAGGAACAGGCAAGUGCAAAAGCUGGGAGAGGUGCCAGGUUGAGCACUAUCUCUGGGAACAGGACACUUGCACCCAGUUUACCCUGCCCAGGAGGCAGAGGUGGAGGCUGCCACCCCACCAGGAGUUCGAGGGUUGGAAGUAGGGCAAGUGGAAAAACCAAGGGAAGAACUCGAGGUAAGAGCACCAGGACUCCAGCCACGGCAUGGCCUGUUCGCAGGGGCAAGUUCAACUUUCCCUAUAAGAUUGACGAUAUUCUGGGUGCUCCUGACCUUCAAAAGGUUCUUAACAUCCUGGAAAGAUCAAAUGAUCCUUUUAUUCAAGAAAUAGCCUUGGUCACUCUGGGUAACAAUGCCGCAUAUUCUUUUAACCAAAAUGCUAUUCGUGAAUUGGGUGGUCUUCCAAUUAUUGCAAAACUGAUAAAAACGAAAGAUCCUAUUAUCAGGGAAAAAGCUUACAAUGCCCUUAAUAACUUGAGUGUGAAUGCUGAAAAUCAGGGAAAGAUUAAGACCUACAUCAGUCAAGUAUGUGAUGAUACCAUGAUCUGUCGCUUGGACUCAGCUGUGCAGAUGGCUGGACUACGACUGUUGACCAAUAUGACUGUGACUAAUCAUUACCAACAUUUGCUUUCCUAUUCUUUUCCAGACUUUUUCGCUUUGUUAUUUCUGGGAAAUUACUUCACCAAGAUUCAGAUUAUGAAACUAAUUAUAAACUUUACUGAAAAUCCAGCCAUGACCAGGGAGCUGGUCAGUUGUAAAGUCCCAUCAGAAUUGAUUUCCCUCUUUAAUAAAGAAUGGGACAGAGAGAUUCUUCUUAACAUCCUUACACUAUUUGAGAAUAUAAAUGACAACAUAAAAAACGAAGGGCUCGCAUCAUCUAAGAAAGAAUUCAGCAGAAGUUCACUUUUUUUCUUAUUCAAAGAAUCUGGAGUGUGUGUUAAGAAAAUCAAGGCAUUAGCAAAUCACAAUGAUCUGGUGGUGAAAGUUAAAGUCCUAAAAGUAUUGACCAAACUCUAAUUAGGGGUAUGUCCCAAACAAUAUCGAAAGCAUUUUUUAGUGUGCACUGGGAACAAUGCAUUUUGUAAAUUCUUUGUUUUCCACUGUGCUUACGUGGCAAAGAGAUCCUUUCAGCUCUUAUUUUGGGAUAAUGACUAUCAAGGGUCAUCAACAGUGAUGUUACUUGGGGUGGCUGGUUUUAGGCUGGACCAUUUUAACGAAUUAAUGAAUACCAGAGCUUGUAUAAAGAAAGCAUUUACUGAUUUCAUCUUGCUACCUAGAUUGAGAUAUUUUUUACUCUCUUCCUAAACUGACAGCAGAUUAAUCAUAAACAAACUAUACUUUUGUAUUGGUUUACAUUUGUUAAUCUUCAACUUGUGUUUCAUCAAUAAAGUGUGUUUUAACCAGCAAAAAAAAAA